ACCAUCACACCCUACAUUUAUGCACAGAAGAUUCAGUCUGCUUUCCGUUUACACUGCAGGUUAUUCACCCUUUCUUCUAUCUUUAUGGCUCUCCUUCUCUUCAUUAUUGUAAUCUUUAUGAUACCUUCAAGCAAUGCCUACGGGCCACCUUCACCUGGCUACUGGCCAAGCUCCAAAUUCAGGUCUAUGAGCUUUCACAAAGGCUUUAGAAACCUCUGGGGUCCUCAGCACCAAAGACUACACAAAAAUGAAUUAACAAUAUGGCUUGAUAAAACCUCAGGGAGUGGCUUCAAGUCUGUUCGUCCAUUCCGCUCUGGUUACUUUGGUGCUUCCAUGAAGCUGCAACCUGGCUAUACUGCAGGCGUUAUAACAUCCCUCUAUCUUUCAAACAAUCAAGCACAUCCAGGCUUCCAUGACGAGGUGGACAUUGAGUUUCUGGGGACAACAUUCGGGAAGCCUUACACUUUGCAGACCAAUGUUUAUAUAAGAGGAAGUGGGGAUCGUAACAUUAUAGGCAGAGAGAUGAAAUUCCAUCUCUGGUUUGAUCCGACCGAAGAUUUUCAUCACUUUGCUAUACUGUGGAGUCCUAAGGAAAUAAUAUUCUUUGUAGAUGACGUACCCAUAAGGAGGUACCCGAGGAAGAGUGCAGCAACUUUUCCAGUGAGGCCAAUGUGGCUUUAUGGUUCAAUAUGGGACGCUUCAUCAUGGGCGACAGAAGAUGGCAAGUACAAAGCUGAUUACAGAUAUCAGCCUUUUGUUGCAAGGUACACCAACUUGAAGGCCAGUGGUUGCUCAGCCCAUGCCCCAGCCAGGUGCCACCCUGCCUCCGCCUCGCCGUAUCGCUCCGGUGGCCUUACAAGACAGCAAUAUAAGGCCAUGAGAUGGGUACAGAGAUACCACAUGGUUUACAAUUAUUGCAAGGAUCCCAAAAGAGACCACAGACUAACCCCAGAAUGCGGGCGUUCCCACUGAAAUCGAAAUGUUUUAUUAAUGUUAUCCCCAAACGUUGUUCAUCCGUGAGACUGUCAGUUCUUCUAUUUUUAUCUUUCACAAAGUUCCUCUUUUUCUUUCUUGUGUGGUGUCUUAUAUUGGGCCCCUUCUUGACGACGACAUUGACGCAAGUAUCUGGAGUGGAGCAUUCGAAAGUUGCUGAGAAGACCAAAUUUGGAAGAUUGUCACUGUUUCGUUUUUGUUUAACAUUUGUUGAUGCUGGAGAAAAAGAAAAUGGGAGAGACGAAUAAGAUCAAUGUCAAGUAAUAACAAGCAAGGAAGCCUUAUGGUAUUGGGUGGAUCGUGGCAUUGGUGAGUGUGUGAAAUAUUAUAUGCACGCUCUUCAUUCUAUGAUGUUACUGUUAUUUAAAUGUUGAAUACGAGAUUUUUGUGUUGGACAACGUUCUGCUCCAAUCCAAGACUCAUGCAGUGAAUCUUCAGUCAUUAAAAUGAGUCUCAUUUUUCAUUGUCCUAUGCAUGUGGAACUACCCUUUUCAACACCCUAGUAUUGUUAUUCUUUUGAUGUUUCA